AUGCAGCCGGUACUCUCCGUAGAUCAUUGGGAACGAGUCCUGGCUUUGUUGCGUACUGCACAAUCCCGGCGAUUUUUGGCAUUUUUCCUUGACCUGACUGAGAACGACACUUUGUUGUUUCUCAAGACGUUUCGUUACCACAUCUCAUAUACUCUGUUCCGCGGCCGUCCCUUUUCUCCAAAAGAACAAGUCAAAGAAGAGGAAGUUUUUGGAAACGUUGCUCACAGUGAGGCAAUGGACGAGUUUUUGAAUUUUCUGGGCACUCGCGUCAAGCUGAGGGACUUUAAGGGGUACAAAGGUGGCCUAGACACGUUAUAUGGCCAGACGGGGGAAGAGUCUGUAUACACGAAGUAUAAGGAAAGGGAAAUCAUGUUUCAUGUGUCUACGCUGCUUCCUUAUUCCGCCGGCGAUUCACAGCAGCUGCAGCGCAAGAGACACAUUGGCAACGACAUAGUGGCGAUUGUGUUUCAGGAUGAAAACACUCCUUUUGUUCCUGACAUGAUAACCUCUCAAUUCCUCCAUGCGUACAUCAUCGUACAGGUGGUUCCUUCGAAAGACGAUGUUACGUACUACAAGAUAGCCGUUGCCGCAAGAGACGAAGUUCCGUUUUUCGGUCCGCCAAGAUCAUCGCCGUUGUUCGUCAAAGGUCAAGAUUUCAAGAACUUUCUGCUCUCGAAACUUAUCAACGCCGAGAACGCCUGCUACAAGGCCAAAAAAUUCGCCAGCUUAGCCGAACGAACUAGAACGUCUCUUUUGGAAACGCUGUAUUAUAACCUGAAGCACAGGAGUAUGGAGUAUUGUGGCUCGAUAGGGCCAACGGAAAGCUUGAAGAACGGAAACGGAAACAGUAGCUCAGGAAGCUUGCUAAGCUCAGUGAAGAAAGUCAUCAUCGGAAGAAACAGGAGCAUACCGACCAGUGACACUGACACUUCUGACAAUUCCUCGUCGCAGACUAAUACGUCCAGAAAAUGGCAAAGCUUUAUGAACAAAGCUUCUUCGAUGCCCGAUGCUCGCGAGUCAUGUGGAAGACUCAGCCAAGUCGAUAAGCUGCCAAUAUUGACCGAAGAAGCUGCUGUACAGACCUGUAGCACGUAA